GUUACCUAAUUUAAAUAUACACAUUAGCGCUUGGUGAGGACAGCUUCUUGAUCUUGGUUGACUGCUUAGAAAGGGAUGACAUAAUACCCUGCUUGAAAAUGGUUUAAUUAAUAAGUGCAACGAACACAAGAAUAUUUUUUCCGACCUGUGCAACGCCUCGUGGAAAGCAUGGCCACAGUUAUUACUGCACAAAAAUCCGUGGUUAAUCUUUUUUACUGUUAAUGAGCAAGCCACAGUAAACUGAAGAAACAAAAAAUGAUGGGACCAUUGAUCGUUGUUCUCGUGUCGUCGCUUGUGGCCGCGCAGGAUAUUCAGACACGUUUGGACAAUGAUCAGACCGCCGUCCGCAAGGGUUUACCGGAAAUUUUUAAGCGACCGCUGCCGGUGCGCAGUCAACCGGAACCGUUACUGCCAGGCAUCGUUUCGGUGCUGACGGCAUCAGCAUUGACAACGAACGUCAUUCCAAGCAUCACGCCUUCGACUACCAGAACAAUUCAGUCCAGCCCAACGGAAAACACCACCCCCGCAUUCACCGUCGCAUCGGUUAACAAGCAAGCCGUUAUCGUCACUUCGACACUCGCUUCCGCCAACCAGACAACUGCUCCUUCCAGUACUAUGCAGUCAACGAUGACGACACCGUACCAGAACAGCACCCCGUCGUAUUCGUACCAGAACCCGGGCUAUGCGAACCCGAAUACCAAUAUGAAUGCAUAUUCAAGAAGAACGAACAAUAACUACGCCAACACUAACACGUACUCUGGUGGCGGGAUGCAGAGCAACUACGGCAAUAGAAACCAGUAUCCAAGGAGGAAUUACCGACAACAUGGCGGUUACAUUUACGUCUCGCAUCAGGACUACGGAACGUAUUACACGAAUCCCGAUUUCUGGACGCUCAUGACGGAGAACGAUAUCAACGAUGAUAAUAUGUUUAAUAAUAAUUUCUAACCGACCAAAGCAGUUACACAUCUGUUCCAAGAAAACUCCUCUCAUCUUUUGUACAGUGUUUUUAAAUCAUAACGUUUAUUUAAAUACGUUGGCAGUUUGUGCUGCAGUUGAGCGUGAAACAUGUGUACUGUACAGUCUCUGACCUGUAUUGUUUUUAUUGCAGAGCACCUUCCUAUGAACUUUUUGCAUCCGA